AUUCUUAAACAAUAAAUAACUUGGAUUUUUUUUUUCAAGUGGAAUACUAGAGCAAAGAGAGAGAAACUGACAGAACUAAUGUUUGAACACUACAACAUCCCUGCAUUCUUCCUUUGCAAAACUGCAGUUUUGACAGCAUUUGCUAAUGGUCGUUCUACUGGUCUGAUUUUGGACAGUGGAGCCACUCAUACCACUGCAAUUCCAGUCCAUGAUGGCUAUGUUCUUCAGCAAGGCAUUGUGAAAUCCCCUCUUGCUGGAGAUUUUAUUACUAUGCAGUGCAGAGAACUCUUCCAAGAAAUGAACAUAGAAUUGAUUCCUCCAUAUAUGAUUGCAUCAAAAGAAGCUGUCCGUGAAGGAUCUCCAGCAAACUGGAAAAGAAAAGAGAAGUUGCCACAGGUUACAAGGUCAUGGCAUAACUACAUGUGUAAUUGUGUUAUCCAGGAUUUUCAAGCAUCAGUACUUCAAGUAUCAGAUUCAACUUAUGAUGAACAAGUAGCUGCACAGAUGCCUACUGUUCAUUAUGAAUUCCCCAAUGGCUACAACUGUGAUUUUGGUGCAGAACGGUUAAAAAUUCCUGAAGGCUUAUUCGACCCUUCCAAUGUAAAGGGGCUGUCAGGAAAUACAAUGUUAGGAGUCAGUCAUGUUGUCACUACAAGUGUUGGAAUGUGUGAUAUUGAUAUCAGACCAGGUCUGUAUGGCAGUGUGAUAGUGGCAGGAGGAAACACGUUAAUACAGAGUUUUACUGAUAGGUUGAAUAGAGAGCUUUCUCAGAAAACUCCCCCAGUAAGUACUGUUUGUUGUUCUUCAUUGCUAUUCUUCAGUGAUGUGUGUACUCACUGAUGGUGUAAUUUAUAGUAAGUGUUCAUUUGUCAGUAGGUAGGUGCUAUUUUGUGUGUGCUUUGAAUGCUAUGGUUUAAAGCUAAUAUCUGUUAUCUCUUGGUUACUCUUAAAUUAUUUGAAUCAGUAUAACUCCUUAACUUUAUACUUAAGUGUCAAUAGUCAGGCUCUAGGGAGACAAAUUAUGGUUCCUGUCCACCAAGGGCUCGUUCCGUUAGGAAGAUUAGAUAUGAAAAAAUUAAUGACUGUAUUGUGCUUAGUACUUCAGUAUUCCUGGAAUCAAGUGCUCUUUUGAACACUAAGAAGCAAGUACUUAACUCUUUAGGAGUAUCAGAGGAAAGCUUUAUAAAGAAGCUGUUAUUUGAAUGAAGAGAAGUUCAAGUGGUUGCUAAUUUAUGAAAGGACAUAUAGGUGGAGAGACUUCCAUGUGCAAAAAA